ACGUCGCCUUACCCGACGUGAUAGUCUCUUAGUACUCUUACCUGCAGGUUGAAACUUCCGUCAUCCUCCAACUUCUCAGCUCGACCAUAACUUACACACCGAUGGAUGAAUGAUCGAAAUCAAGCUGUCAUAUCAAGCUAUCAACGUUGAUGGAUCCAAGCUCACGACGAAGACCACCGUGGACACUGGCUCCAUUUAUAGCUUACCGUGCCGCUGUGUUCACCCAUGUGUUCAUACCUCCAGUCGCUAUGAUCGUCAUCACAGUUCUGGCAUGCCGUCCAAAGCUCUCUUCGUCCGAACGUUUGCGGGGUCUUCAGGCAUUCCAGUACGCUCUGCCAUCUUCAAGCUCAGGCUAUCUCUCGUUAAGAAGGUGACUGGUGGAAAAAGAAGGACGCGGGUGAAAUCAUAAUCCCGGCCUGCGUUGCGUCGUGAGUACAUUCACAGGAAACCCAUAAUCCCGUCGAUCCUUGUCUGGGUCGCUUAUGUAUAGCUCCUCACGACGCCGUCGUGUGUCCAGCUCCUUUCCAUCCCCUCCCUCACUUCCGCUCCUUCACCUCUGCAUGCAGCGAUGAGGACGAGGGCUUACGAGCUGGGUGUAUACGUGUGUUGUUAUGGACUCUUUACACUCGCCGUCGGGGCUGCGGCUAUUUAUGACGUCAACAAUGCUGGUGGGCACGCACUUUCGUUAACGCUCAAGAAUCCGGGGAGUGGGGUGCAGCAGAUGGCAAGGCUCCAACAAGCCCAGAACGCUAUCGCGGCGAAGUAUGGGUUCUCUCGGCUGGCAGCUAUGCCGGGCGAUGGAAGUUCGGGUCUCGGGAAUGUGAAUGGUGACAUUGGAUACUAUGCGAUCAUAACGGUGGGGACACCCCCAGUGGAGUACGAAGUCAUUCUGGACACGGGAUCCUCCAAUCUGUGGCUGGCAGACACACAGUGCAACUCCUCGUGCUCUCUAAACUCCACCUAUUCGACUUCCAAGUCCUCGACGUUCCAGAACUUGACUACGCCCGUCAACUAUGGAUACGCUAGCGGAACGGUGUACGGAAGUCUCGUGCAAGACACCGUGAGCAUGGGAGGGUUCACUAUGAAAGGCCUGAAGUUCGGUGCUGCGAGCUACGAAGUGUCGAGCGGGAGCAGCGUGAUCGUUCCUCCUCAAGUGAACGGGUUGAUGGGCCUCGCCUGGCAACCUCUUGCUUCGGAUGGCACAACACCGUUUUGGCUGACAUUGGUGUCUUCGGGCCAGUGGGACUCACCGGUCAUGUCGCUCCAGCUUUCAAGGUUUCGUAAUGACACCAAUGCUACUGAGGUGGAACCGGGCGGGACUUUCACGAUGGGAUAUGUUGAUACGAACCUGUAUAACGGAGAUAUUGAGUAUCACGCCUUGACCAUGUCGCCGUCAUGGUGGGUGCUGGACAUUACCGGCAUUAAUGUUCAAGGAAAACCUAUCUCGCCACCAGUAGGCAACUACUCACAAGCCAUCAUCGACUCUGGAACAUCGCUUCUGUAUGGCCCUCAAUCGUCCAUCGAUCAGAUAUACGCACAAAUACCAGGAUCCACAUCGUGGAGCGGUGCCAGUGGGUUUUACCAGUAUCCAUGUAACACCACUGUCAACGUUUCCCUCUCUUUCGGCGGGGCCAAUUGGCCAAUUGACCCCUCCGACUUCAUGUUUCUUCAGGAGGGCAACGUAUGCGUCGGUGCCAUAGCAUCCAUCGCCGACUCAACCCCGGAUUCGUUCCCGUCUUGGAUCAUUGGAGAUACUUUCCUGAAAAACGUCUACACUGUCUUCCGUUACGAACCUCCCUCAGUCGGCUUCGCAGCCCUCUCACAGCAAGCACUCGCGAUGAAUGGCAUCAACGGACCUGCACCCUCGCCUACGGCUUUGCCGAGCGGCGCCAUCCCUCGGAUGUGCCAAGGUGUUGGACUUGUUGUCAGCGGACUGAUCAGUUUCACUCUCUCUUUAGCCCUGCUUCUUUGAUGUGUCGCCGUCACUCUCACCAUCACAUGUACAUUACGCCUACUUUACAGCACCCAGCGGACAUUGAAUAUU